AGUUGCUCCGCCCUCUAACAAAAAAUCCCACCUGCUCCGUCCACGAAUGAGCAUCGGAUCGGAUCGGACUAGUGUAGGAGUUGGAGUUGGAGACGGCCGCCCGCUCGCCUCUUCCCCCUCCUCCGGCAAGGUCUUCUUCGACCCAACCAAACCCUAAUCACCACGAACACGAACGCGAACAAGGAGAGAGCAAGCAUCGUCGCCGGCAAUCGGGAGGGAUGAAUUCUCAGUCUUCCCCCGUGGUUCUGCUUCACCUCCGCAGGUUGGAUCGCUUCUUCAAGCGCCAGGGCCUCCAUAGCAUCGCCCAUACGCUCGAGAGGGAGUCCAUGGUGUACUUCGACGCCGCGCAUCUGCAGAAGCUGGUGAAGGAUGGGCAGUGGGAAGCCGCCGGAACUUACCUGAAAGGAUUCUCGCCCCUCUGGGAGGGGGAGGGCACAACCCAGCACUACACCUCCUUCUUGCACAACGUGCAGCACCGCGCUAUGCUUGCUUUCCUCGCCUGCCGCGGUGAGGAAGGUGGCCGCGCCGCCAGCUCGCUUUUCUGGUCCAAUGAUGAUGCCUUCCGCAAAAAGUUCCCCAAGAUUGCGGAGCGCACCGAUCUGUAUCGCUCCAUGGCCUCUGCACAAGCCAGGGCAUCCGUGAACUGGGAGGACAUAAAGCUCAGAACCUUGGAGGAACUGCAGGAGUUGCUUCAUCUUCAUCCUGAUGUCAAAUGCAGCUUACGAAUGCGAGAGCUGCAGUGCACACCCACAGCAUCAGAAAUAACCCCCCUUGGUUCGCGGGUGUCUUGGAGGCAUCAAAGGAAGAGAGUGGAGCGCAAACCAGCAUCUGAACUUGCACGUUUCCUUCUACAGAAGAAGAAGAGGCUUCCCUCCAGUCAGCAGACAAAUCAGCCUGGUGACUCAGGUGUUCCAAGUGCUCCAAUGUUGGAGACCAUGCUGCCUACAUCGGAAAGACCAACUAAAAUUAUUUCAAUAGCUCCAAAUAUUAACGCAGGUAUGAAGCAUUCAAGACCUUAUGAUGCUCAUUUUCCCGAAAGUUUUGAGCAAGCUUUUGAUUCACGAAAGGGUGCAAAGAGGCUACGGACAACUGGAGAGUUUGCUGAAGAAGCAAAGGAGGAUGUUUUGGUCCACUGUUCACUCGAAAUGAGAAAACCUUUUUUGUUACCAUCAGAGACCAGGGAUGCAUCAGCAUGAGUUGUAUUGGAGUAUUGCCCUGAUUGAAGGCAGGGUGGCUGUCAGCGUUGGUUCAGAGCUAUAUGCGCCGCAAUGGCCUGAUUUGACCCCAAAGCUCCAAAAGCAGUGUUUCAUGUUUGUGCACGCAUGCGAGACCUGAAUUGGAUUAACCCCCCCCCCCUCCUCCUCCUCCUCCUCGAGGGUCACAUUAAAAGUUUUUGCAAGCUGUGUAAAACUAGCCUCGGUCGCAUCAUUAGUCAGUACUGAAGACGUGAGAUUAGUUAGUGCAAAACUUUUCUAUGGAUGGAAACGGGAAGGCAAUAUAAAAAUGGUUAUUUGAGAUAUUCGAAUCUGUAUCCGUGUGAAUAUGAUCUGCUUCCAUCUUAA